AUGCUCGGAUUGCAUAGGUUGUCAAUCCUCCCGCCAGCUCUGAUUGCGCUUGUUCUCACAUCCAUCCCAUGCGCCGCUGUCAAUAUCGACUUCUUCGACUAUCCGGUCGAUGCAUAUGACUGUUUGAACCAAGCAUCCACUACAUCCAACUGUGCGGUGGGAGCCCCAGCUGAGGCGACCUCGUGCUUCUGCAACAAUGGAGGAAAUUUCGUUACGGGCACGGCCAGGUGUUUGGCAGAGUCGGACCCGGGAGACUUUGCCGAAGUGUAUGGCACGUUGGUAUCCAAAUGUGCCGCAAACCAGACACCUCUGAAUGUUGGCGAAGAACAGUACUAUUCGGCUGCCGGCUUCACUGGUACGGCAAGGUCGACUAAAGCAAUAGUAACCAAGGCUUCAACCACAGACUCCACGCUGAUUUCGGCGCCCACAUCUCUCAUGACAUCGACAUCACCCACGGGAGCUACCGUGAAAACCGAACCGGAGGAAACGGCCACGUUCGGAAGUCAUGCCAAGUCGUCACGGGCAGAAGAUGGCAGGGUGAACAAAGAUGAUGGGUUAUCCACCGGGGCAAAAGCGGGUAUCAUUGCUGGCUCGACAGUGGCAGGCGUGGCCGUGUUGGCGAGCCUGGUAAUGCUGUUGGUGCGAUAUAGGAGGAAGAGGGGUAGGGAAGACUCGCACCCGAUGAUUCUAGAGCAGCACGGCAAUAUGCUGCUCAUACCAUCUCCAGCCGAAGCGCGCGCUCUUGAGGAGGGCAAUACCUCGGAAAACUCGGGCGAUUGGUCAGACAAGUCCAAAUGGAGACCCUCGUCAAAUCCGACUGAUCAACGCAAGAGCGGCUUCAACUGGGAAUCGCCAUAUGAUCUGGUAUAUAUUGGGGAUGAGCCUGAACCUGAACCCCCCAAGGAAGCAAGAGAAAUGAAAGAACAGGGCCGCGCUGAGCUCCAGGGUUGCGAUCGCCAACCAGUGGAGAUGUCGACACAAGCGCUAUCGCCAAAAUGGAGUGUGUCGAAUGAUGCUGCACAACGAUAUUCGGGAACGGAGUGGGGGGCAGCGGACCUGGCGGGUGAGACAACCGCACUGUCCCAGAGCCGGGGCGAAAGAUCAUAGAAGGUGCAUAAGGUGUGGGUUUCUUGAUGGAUUUGGCUUAGGCUCUAUACCCCGGGGGCUUUUUUUCUUUUCUUUUUCUUUUCUUUUUUUUUUUUAAAAAAA